GUGCUUGCAGUCAUGCUGGCCUUGUCGAAGAAGGUUUGAGAUGUUUCAACAAGAUGAAGUAUGAGAAUGGGAUUAAACCAACAAUUCAACACUAUGGGUGCAUGGUUGAUCUAAUGGGCAGAGCAGGAAUGCUUAAUGAAGCUUUAGAGCUUGUCAAUGGCAUGCCAAUGGUACCAAACGAUGUUUUGUGGAGGGGUCUUCUUACUGCUUGCAAGAUCCAUUCAAAUGUUGAAUUGGCAGAGGUAGCAGCUAAAAAUCUGUUUCAACUGAAUUCUCAUAAUGCCAGUGAUUAUUUGACUUUAUCAAAUCUUUAUGCAAAAGCUCAAAGAUGGGAGGAUGUGGCGUCUACUCGCACCAGAUUAGCUGAAGAGGGCUUGAACCAAGAGCCUGGAUCCAGCUCUGUGGAGGUGAAAAGGGAAGUGUUUAAGUUUGUAUCUCAAGAUAAGUCACAUCCCCAGUGGGAGAGCGUAUAUGAGAUGCUUCACCAGAUGGAAUGGCAGUUGAAAUUUGAAGGGUAUUCCCCAGAUACAUCACAAGUAUCGCUGGAUGUAGAUGAAGAAGAGAAGAGACAGAGAUUGAGUACUCACAGCCAAAAAUUGGCAAUUGCCUUUGCACUGAUUCAUACAUCGCAGCAUUCUCCCAUCAGAAUUGUUAGAAGUGUCAGAAUGUGCAGUGACUGUCACACAUAUACUAAAUUCAUUUCAACCAUUUAUGAAAGAGAAAUUACUGUAAGAGAUAGGAAUCGCUUCCAUCAUUUCAAAAAAUGGAACUUGCUCUGUGAGAUUACUGGUGAAUCAGGAUGUUCAAUUUUUUUCUUCCACAUCAAUUUUAACUAA